CUGCCGCUGCCGCUGCCAGUCUGCCACAGUCAGACAGCUGAGGAUUUCCAGGCGGUGGAUCCGCGUCUCAGCUCAGCAAGGCCUUGUUAAAUCAAAAACGUUCGAGUCUCCGUUGUGUUUAAAUGGCGAAAACGUACGAUUAUCUCUUUAAGCUGUUGCUCAUCGGAGACAGCGGUGUCGGCAAGACAUGCCUGCUGUUCAGAUUCAGCGAGGACUCCUUCAAUACCACCUUCAUAUCCACAAUAGGAAUAGACUUCAAAAUCAGAACAAUAGAGCUGGAUGGGAAGAGAGUCAAACUUCAGAUUUGGGACACUGCAGGACAAGAGAGGUUUCGAACCAUCACCACAGCUUACUACAGAGGGGCUAUGGGUAUUAUGUUGGUCUAUGACAUCUGCAACGACAAGUCCUUUGAAAACAUAAAAAACUGGAUUAGAAACAUUGAAGAGCAUGCCUCGUCUGAUGUGGAGAAGAUGGUCUUGGGUAACAAAUGUGACAUGGCUGACAGGAGACAGGUGUCCAAAGACAGAGGGGAAAAAUUGGCUAUUGACUAUGGAGUUAAAUUCCUGGAAACCAGUGCUAAGUCUAGCAUAAAUGUAGAGGAGGCUUUUUAUACAAUGGGAAGAGACAUACUACAUAAUCUGAGCUCAAAGACGACCGACACCAGUGCCGGAGCGUCGGGCAAACCAGUCAAGAUCACUGAGAAGAAGUCCAAGAGGAUUAAAAUCUUCAAGUGUUCGCUCCUCUAGGCUUCUUAACUCCAGUUUUCGCAUCUCACUGCUACUGUGACUCUGCUGUUUUGGAGCCUUACUCCCUGCUGGACACCUUCACAUCAGCGGCGGCGGCGGCGGCACUCAUCAUAAUCAGAGAGCCUUAUAGCCAGCUGAAGCUAACAGGUUCACAAGUGCUUGAAAUGCAAUCCUGAUCAGAUGACCAGAGGUGCAUCAGGGACAGCUGAGGCCUGAUGCUGUAUAUCCGCUCAUGCAAAAGACCUGUGUGUGUGUGUGAUGGUCAGCAGUCGUCUGCUCACAGAAGGGAGUGAUUCUUUUGGCUUUCUUUAUACCUCUGAUGGAAAAAUCUCAGUAACACAUAGUUGUCUUAUUAUUUUAUAAAAGAAUGAAUACAUUUUUUUUUUUCAUCUGAUGUAGCAUACUUUCAUACGCACUACCUAUUAUCCUGUUCAAUAUGAUUCUUGAGACUCAAAGCACUGAUUGUAUGUGUCUGUGUGAUUUCACGUGUGUAAAUAGGCUUAUGGGCUGUGCUUAUUCAUGUGUGCCAAGAAGGAGUAAUGUUACAGAAAAAGGCUAAAGUAUUUAUGAAUACAACCUACUGUAUUGUAAUGUUUUUCUUUUUUCCUCUUUUCUAUUCUUUUUUAAAAAUAUUUAUACAAAGUGAAUUAUGCAAGUGUCAGUUUUUGCAUGGAAGGUGUAGGGUCAACUUUGAGUGGGUCAAUAUUGAGCACAUUUUUAAGUAUUUGAAAAGAAAAAAAAGGGUUACAGACAGUGUUUCAAAGUGUCUGACGUGUACAUGUAUAGGUCAUUCAUUGUGUUUGUGGUUAGCAUAGUGGGAGUUGUGUAUAUGCUUUAUUUUCACUGUGAAACUAUAGACAUCACACUGGUUCCCCUCUACAUCUCCACUAUGAAAACACAGUGACUUGGGAAAGCUGUGAUGUGAAUGGUUGUCUUUGUAAGCUGCUGCUGUGUUACACCAAUGAAAAGUAAAGAUGGUAAAGAAAGUGUCUUUUUCAA